CCUGUGUUCCUGUUGCUCUUCACAGAAGCUCCAUGAAAGCGGGCUUCGCCUUUGUUCAUGCAGCCAGAGGCUCAACACAUGACCUCGAAGCCGCCAAGGCUUUAUCAACGGAUUUCUCCCCAAAACUUCGUUUCCUUCCGCGACGCCCUGCAAGAACCCUGUAUUCCUGAGUCCCUGGCUCAGCGUCUGCUACCCCGAUGCUGUCAAUCAGAUCCUGCUAAUCUGAGCGACCGUGGCUCCGUCCCGGCUCCGCGUCCGCUGACAGGUCAGCGCUGUGAGUCUCCGGAUUACCAGUCCAAACGGGACGGUUUGAGGUCCCCGCGCCCUAGGGACCUGCGGAGCCCGAGCGCAGGGCGCGCCAGAGAACUACAUUUCCUACAGUGCUCUUGUGAAGCCGGGGCCGCCGAGACCCACGGCCCGGCGGGCGGGGCUCGCGGGGAGACUCCUGGGAGUUGUAGUCCAUUCCGCCGGCGCCGGCGCUGGCGCUGCUGCGGGCUCGGCGCCGGCCUUUGUCUGCGGGCACGCGCCGCUGCGGUGAGUGAGGCCGCUGGCCGGGUCAGAGCGCCGGGGCAAGGCGGGGCUGCGCCAUCAGACCGCUGUCCCGGGCCCUCCGUGUGGCCGCCUUAUGCCAGCGGCCGCCAAGGAAAUGAGCAGGCCUGGCCGGCCCGGGCCCCGAGGGAGGCCAGCUGCGAGCGGAGAGGUCGGCGGUCCGCAGAGCAGGGUCCCGUGGACCGGAGAGCGGGAUGCCGAGGUGCUCAGGAACAGCCCAUGGAAGAAUCAUAUGAAGAGGUGGUGACUGAGGUCGUAAGCAGGAGUGGACAUGUUUGGAUUUCCAACAGCUACCCUGCUGGACUGUCAUGGAAGAUAUGCCCAGAAUGUAGCGUUCUUCAAUGUGAUGACUGAAGCCCACCACAAAUAUGACCACUCUGAGGCUACAGGAUCCUCAAGCUGGGAUAUCCAAAAUUCUUUCAGAAGAGAGAAGCUGGAACAAAAAUCCCCAGAUUCGAAGACACUACAGGAAGAUUCACCUGGAGUGAGACAAAGGGUCUAUGAGUGCCAGGAGUGUGGAAAAUCCUUCCGGCAAAAAGGUAGUCUAACGUUACAUGAGAGAAUCCACACUGGUCAAAAGCCUUUUGAGUGCACCCACUGUGGAAAAAGCUUCAGGGCCAAAGGCAAUCUUGUUACACAUCAACGGAUACACACGGGAGAGAAGCCUUAUCAGUGCAAGGAGUGUGGGAAAAGCUUCAGUCAACGAGGUAGUCUCGCUGUCCACGAGAGACUCCACACUGGACAGAAACCCUACGAGUGUGCUAUUUGUCAGAGAAGCUUCAGGAAUCAGAGUAACCUUGCUGUUCACAGGAGAGUUCACAGUGGUGAGAAGCCCUAUAGAUGUGAUCAGUGUGGAAAAGCCUUCAGUCAGAAAGGAAGCUUAAUUGUUCACAUCAGAGUCCACACAGGCCUGAAGCCCUAUGCCUGUACCCAGUGCAGGAAGAGUUUCCACACCAGGGGGAAUUGUAUUCUGCAUGGCAAAAUCCACACAGGAGAGACACCCUAUCUGUGCGGCCAGUGUGGAAAAAGCUUCACCCAGAGAGGGAGUCUGGCUGUGCACCAGCGAAGCUGCUCACAGAGGCUCACCCUUUGACCACUCUCCUGAAGAGAAGUUCUCUUUAUGAAUUAAGAGUACAAAAUCCUCUGAGAUGAAGCAGCCUAUCCAGUUCUAUGGAAUGAAUGGAGAAUCUUUCAGAAAGACCAUCAUCGGGUAGGGCAAACUGACUUUUUUCCUUUCCCCCAAAAGAGUAUGAAAAAUAAAUGUCUUGUUUAUUAUCA